AUGGAUAGGAUAUUCAGAGACUUUGGUGCUUACAAGUCUCGAGUCCCCGUCGCUGGUGCGAUUAUCUUGGACGAGACAUACGAGCGUUGCUUGCUGGUCAAGGGAUGGAAACAAUCAUCGAGCUGGAGCUUUCCACGUGGGAAGAAGAACACGAAUGAAGAAGAUGAUGUUUGUGCUAUACGCGAGGUCCUAGAGGAGACAGGGUUUGAUGUCUCGAAGAUGCUUAAGAAGGAAGAAUACAUCGAGUUUACAUUCGAAGGAAAGAAAAGAGUGAGGCUUUACAUUGUGGUUGGGGUGAGAGAUGAUACAGCUUUUGCACCGCAAACGAAGAAGGAGAUCAGUCAAAUCGCAUGGCAUCGGCUUGAUGGGCUUGAAC